AUGCAAGUGAUUUUCAAAGAUUUCAAGAAGGAGAAGAUCCCGUUGGAGGUGGAGCUGAGCGACUCGGUGCUGUCUGCCAAGGAGAAGCUGGCGUCCUUGAAAGAGUGCGAAGCGUCACAGGUGAAGUUUGUGUACUCGGGCAAAGUGCUCCAGGACGACAAGACGUUUGAGAACUUCAAGAUCAAGGAGAACGACCAGGUGAUAUUCAUGAUCUCGAAACCUAAGAAGACUGCUGCGGCGCCAGAGCCUGCUGCAAAAGAGCAGGCCAGCCCUGCUGGAGCAGCAGCUCCGGUGGCGGAACCUGCCCAGCCAGCGCAAGAGGGCGCCUCCGCAACGCCCGCUGCGUUCGACGCCUCCACGUUUGCCUCCGGAAGCGUCAGGGAGACAGCAAUCCAGAACAUCACGGCAAUGGGCUUCGAAAGACCUCAGGUGGAGCAGGCCCUCACGGCAGCUUUCAACAACCCAGAUAGAGCAGUGGAAUAUCUACUUUCGGGCAUUCCUCAGCGGACGGCCGAGCCACCGGCCGCGUCGCAGGGCGGAGAGCCACAAACAGAGGGCCAGCCCGCUGCAGAAGACGCCAAUGCCAGCCCUAACCCAGACAACCUGUUCGAGGCAGCUGCCGCGGCAGGGUCACAGGGACAGGACACUGACCAGCAGCAGGAGGGCGACUUCAUGGGCUCGUUGCGCGAGAUUCUACAACAGCAGCCCGAGAUGGCCGAAGCCGUGCUGCAACAGCUGGCGGCCUCGAACCCGCAACUGGCCGAGAUCGUGCAGUCGAACCCAGAGGCCUUCAUGAGAUACAUCACCGACGGAGACCAGAACGCCCUGGCCCAGGCUUUGGGGGUUCCUCCAGAAUACAUGGAGGGUGUCGAGGGAGAGGGCGAGCUGCCUGAAGGGGCUGCCAGAAUUCAGAUUACGCAGGAAGAAAACGAGGCCAUCAACAGGCUUUGCGAGCUGGGCUUUGAAAGAGACCUUGUGAUCCAGGUGUACUUUGCUUGCGACAAAAACGAGGAGAUGACGGCCAAUUUGCUUUUCAGCGACCACGCUGAAUGA